AUGUGUGUGGUGACAGGAGCCUGUGGGUUCCUGGGGGAGAGGCUGGUCCGGCUGCUGCUGGAGGAAGGGAAACUCUCAGAGAUCCAUCUGCUGGACAAACAUGUCUGACCACAACGCAUACAGUCUCUGGAAGGUAAAUACUGUACCAGCUCUCCUUUUUUUCUCUGUCCAUACCAGGGUUGGGGUAAAGUUUUACAACUUGUUUUCUUUGGUUUGUUUCUUCUCUGAUCUGUUUUUCUCUUCUCUGUUUGUUGUUAGAGGUCAGAGGUGACACUGUGGUGAGUGUGUUUGAGGGGGACAUCAGGGACAGUGAGCUGCUGAGGAGAGCGUGUAAGGGAGCAUCACUAGUCUUCCACACCGCUUCCCUCAUAGACGUCACCGGGAAGUUGGACUACAGCGAGCUCCACGGAGUCAACGUCAAAGGUAUGGUCGGGUUUCACUGAAGCUUUGGGUUGGGAUUGGCAGCAGACCUGAGUGAAAUACGCAUGUCCAAUACUUUCAAAUACUUGAGCUGCGCUUGAAAACUGAAUUGAACCUGCUAAUAUACUCAUUCAUCUAAUUUCUUCCUCAGGAACCCAGCUCCUUCUGGCUUCUGGAGACGUACGUCCAGAAGAAUGUGGUGUCCUUCAUCUACACCAGGUUGAGGUGGCCGGCCCCAAAACCAACCGAGACCCCAUCAUCAACGGUGACAAGAACACCCCCUACACGUGCUCCAUAAAGAUCCCCUACUGCAGGACCAAGAAAGAAGCUGAGCGGGUCACCCUGCAAGCCCAGGGCGAGGUGUUCCAGAACGGGGGCUGGCUGGCCACCUGCACCCUCAGACCCAUGUACAUCUACGGAGGGGGCUGACGAUUCCUGCUGGGCCACAUGAGCGACGGGAUUCGAAAUGGGGACGUGUUGUACCGUACCUCCCACCCGGAGGCCCAGGUGAACCCUGUGUACGUGGGAAACGCAGCCCUGGCCCACCUCCAGGUCGCCCGCGCCCACCCUGUGAUACCCCCAGUGGAGAGCCGCCAUUGGAGGGAACUUCUCAUCUCAGACGACACGCCACCCGUCAGCUACUCUGACUUCAACCAUGUUGUGUUGUCGCCGCUGGGCUUCAGGUCCCCGCCCAUAAACCGGAAGCUCCUCAACAUGCUGAACAUGCCCUUUAGCUUCUCCAAUCGGCGGGCUCAGAGGGACAUGGGGUACGCCCCCCGGUACAGCUGGGAGGAGGCACGUAAGCGGACCAUCGAUUGGGUGGCUUCCCAGUUACCCAAAGAAAGAAAGCGAAUAAAGGCUAAAUAAUUGCCCCAGGCCCUGCCUGUAAGACUGUUCCUAUAGCUGACCAUCCCCUGGUCGAUGCUUAUAAUC